AUGUGCGAGUACACAGGGGACUUGAAAGAUCCUCAACAACAUAUUAACAUUCAGCUAACAGAGGCUGAAAUUACUGAAGCAGUGAAGAAGAUACGGAAUGAACCGGAGGCUGGUGAUGAUCUGUUCUGGAAGAAGAAAUCACAGGAUGAACCGGCAAAGACACCUCGCCCCAAGACUAAGGGGACACCUCAUUCAUCAUCUGGCGAGUCAACGGCCACACAACUUCCAACCCUCAAGACGGUUCCUGGUGCCAAGCCUAGACCCAGCAAAAAGGUCAAGUUAAAUAAACCGGCUGAUGACAAUGUGGUCAUUGAACCAGAAAAAACUCCAGAACCGGAAGAAGCAAAUGUUGAUGCCAUGCUUGAUGAUGCACCACCGCAAGAUCAUGACUUUUCUGUUGAACAAGUGGAAGUUGAUCCAACGGGCCAUGCUGAUAACCCGACAAGCCCGAUCCGAACUGCUGAUAAACCGUCAAGUCCAGUUAAGGCUGCUGAUAAACCAUCAAGUCCAGCGAAGGCUGCUGAUGACAAGGCGGAUGAUGUUAUGAUUACUGGCUUUGGCCACAGCACCCCUGGCAAUCCUGUUGCUUUAUCAAAGCAUAGUGCCAAGGAAGAAUUUUCUACUAUGGACAAAGGAAAAUGGAAUGCAGAUUUGUCAAGCUAUGCGCAGCUCAACACCCAAGAUAUUCAUUCUAGCUUUUUGAACCGUCUUCCAAACCCUAACCCGCUCCUCCGUGCCGCCGAACGUGUCCGCCCGGGGCCGGACACAUCGGCACCGCCGCCCCAGCCACUCGGAGGGCGACACGUGUCGCCUCCGUACGCCGCGCCGCCGCGCCCCGGGAAGCCCGCGUUCGGCCCCCGCCGGGCCCGUGCCUCCCCGCGCCCGAGCCCGUGCAGCUCGCCGCCUCCUUCAUCCCUCCGCCCGCCGGGCCCCGCGCCGCCAUCACUCCCGUCGCCGUCCGCCGGGAGCCCGAUCUCCGCCGGCCGCCGCCGUCCUCCGCCCUCGCCGCCGCGGCUCCGCGCCCCGAGGCGCCGCCGUAGCCCGUCGCCGGCGCCGGCGCGCCCGCACCCGACCUUCCCCGAGCCCCGGCACCUCCUCCUCCGCCGCUCCGGCCGCCGGCAGCAGCUCCUUCUCCUGCGAGCUCGAGGUCAAGCCAAGCUCGAUCCCGAUCCAGUCAAUGCCCGCGGGUUGACUUUCUUUCUCCCCCCGAAAUCACUAGGUCCUAAUAUUUUGACAUUACAUGCCCAUGUUCAUUGCAUCAUAACUCUCUGCACAUAG